AUGAACGUGUUGGACGUAGAAGACGACAGCUUUUACGUCACACGUGAAGGCUACUCCCAUCUGAGUGACUCAGAAUGGGAGGUAGUCGGCCGCAUGAGUGUGCUCAUGGGCGAACCCGCGAUCAGUGGUAUGUCAGAGUCUCUAAGCAGAGACCAGCAACAUGAUGCCAUCAACGAGUUCCUACUAGGGGACUUUGCCGUCGAACGACAGAAAUUAGUGUUGUUACAGCAGCAAGGCUCUCAUCAGUCGAUGGGCGGGCCGACGCACAUGCGUCGACCUGAAACCUUGAAGAUUGAUGUCUCAAGGUACAAAGGAACCGAUGAAGAUUCCCUUUUGAGAUGGUUUGUAGAGUUAGACGACGCCAUCAGGGCCCGUCACAUCGAGGGUGACGAGAUGCAAGUCACCUUCUCCCUGUCAAAUUUGACAGGACGAGCAAAGACUUGGGCCUUAGGAUCAAGCUUCACGACUUAA